AUGGCGCCUCAGAAGCCCCUCAGGAGCGUCGCAGACAUCGCAGCGCUGAUCGACCAUAGUCUCCUGCAUCCAACCUUGACGGAUGCGGAGAUCCAGCGCGGACUCGAACUUGCCAGGGAUUACAAGGUCGCCACGGCCUUCAUCAAGCCUUACAGCAUCCCCCAAGCCAUCAACAUCCUCAGCGGCUCUGGGCUCGCGCACCUCUUCGCGCUGCAUGAGGAUACCUCCAAUGCGUCGCCUACCUCCUUCAGGGUGCCUCAACCCCAGCAUUAUCACCUGAGAGGAGCAGGAAUCGCACGCACCGUCAUUGAUAUUCCCGGCCAGUUCAACUCCAGUGCACCUUUCCUAUCAAACGCGGAGACGGCAGUUAAGCAAAGGGAAUACUGUCCCGCCGCUUCAUCUUCAGGAGUGUGUCCUCAGGACGGAAUUGCUAUGGAUCAUCGUGAUGGACGACUGGGUCGUCACGGUUACAGCAACAAUGUGCCCACAAGACUGAGAGAGAAGUCAGCUGCGCUGGUUGACAGAGCUCCUUGCCAUAGGCUUCAUCUACGAGGACUAUAG